AUGGUACACGCGACCGAGGACGUGAGUCUGAAGCCGCAAGAGACGAUUGGACCUUUGACACAGGGCGUUGCUAUCAAUGACCAAGCGAACAACUCUUUCGACUCCCAUGGCGACGACGUAGUCAUCAGCUACCGUGGUGGUAUCAUCGAGAACAGACAUGACGUACACGCCGCUAUUGUUGACGCAUCUGGUACACUUAUCUACACAGUUGGCAACUAUCAAAGAAUGACACUGGCACGAUCUUCAACGAAACCGAUCCAGACGCUCGCAAUCUUGGAGACUGGGGCUGCAGAGCGUUUCGACUACGAUGAUGCCGAUGUAGCACUCAUGUGCGCUUCACAUAGUAGCGAACCGCGACACGUCGAACGAGCGCGAGCGAUGCUGGAGAAGACGGGAGAAAAGGAAGGGAUUCUUACAUGUGGGGGACACCCGGCUCAGAAUCCAGCGGUCAAUCGCGCAUGGAUCAAGGAAAACUAUAUACCGACUGCUCUCUGCAACAACUGCUCUGGAAAACAUGCUGGCAUGGUAGCAGGCGCUCUGUCUCUGGGCGCUUCGGCUCACGAUUAUUACUUGCCUGGGCAUGCAAUGCAGAAACGCGUGUAUCGAGCCGUAGAAGAUCUGAGCGGGCUUGGGGAGAAAGGCGUGCAUUGGACUGUCGACGGAUGCAAUCUUCCAACGCCGGCGAUGCCUCUCCCAAACUUCGCGCUCAUGUUCGCAAGACUUGCGAAUGCCGCUGAUCUAUCCGAUGACUCCACAAUGGAAGCAGUCGAUCAACGAACGCAACAUUUAGCUCGCAUCCACAAGUCGAUGUCUAGGUACCAUGGGCUGGUCGCUGGUGAAGGUCGAUUCGAUACGGCACUCAUGGCAGCUUACGAUGGACAGAUAGUCGGCAAGAUUGGGGCGGACGCUUGCUAUGGCGUCGCUGUUCGCGCACCAACCGACGCUAGCAUGACCGGGGCAUGUCAGGGUGCUAUUGGGAUCGCUGUCAAGGUUGAGGAUGGGAAUCUCGAUGUCUUGUAUGCUGCCGUCAUGGAGAUCCUAGAGCGAUUGAAGAUCGGUACGAGUGAAGUGAGGCAGUCGUUGGAUGGUUGGCGAUAUCCGAAGAUCGUCAACACUGCCGGUGCUGUCACGGGUGGUUACAAGCAUUGCUUCAAGCUACGAAGCGUGGUUUAG